AUGAAGCCUGCAGCAUCCGCGCGAGACCAGCCGCGGUCGAGGACCUUUACCGGCUGCGGGACCUGCCGGAACCGCCACCUCAAGUGCGACGAGGCGAAGCCGACCUGCUCGACCUGCCGCCGCCUCGACCUGCCCUGCCGGGGAUAUGCCCCGCGGCUGCUGUGGAUCGCCUCGCCGGCGUCGAGCGCGGAUCCCGAGGGCGGCGCGUUCCGAUACCCCCUCUUCACCGAGGCGCACAGGUCCUCGAUGAGCGCCGACAUGGUGCGGAGCCUCGGGCGACGGGCGGCCGGAGAGAUUCUGCUCGACCUCGACGCCGAGUCCGUGUCCGGCGACGGGCUGCACGCGGUCGGCCCCUUUGGUGUUUUCAAGGCGUGCGAGGGCACGGGACAGCGCCCGGACAGCCCGUCGAGCGAUGGCGAGGACCCGUCGAGCGAUGGCCGCGAGGAACACGUCUCUCUCGACCUCCCACGGGACGAUGCUCUAUCGCCGCCGGCCGACGUGUUUGCAGACCUCGACCAGCCGUCGCUCUUUGGUGCUGAACUUGCGGGAUCUGAAGAGUGGAUGGGCCUGGGCCUGCCGUGGGACGAAAGCCUCUCCGAAGGCUUUGACGUGCCGCCGUCGCCGAGCGUGAUCGAGGCGCUCGUGACGCACAAGCCGACUCUCUCUCGGCAACCCGCCACCGUUCACGGCUCGCCUGGCUUCCGCUCCGUCGUCGACGUCUUCCCCCUGAAUCGUGCUCCGAGCAGCGGCACGUCGCUACCGCAGCAUGCCGCCGCCCUGCUCCGCCACCUCAAGGCCCGUGUGCUGAAUGACACGGCCUCGGCCGCGCGCGGCAUGUCCCCGUGGAAGCUGCUGCUGCUGCCCUGUGCGCUCGAGACGUUUGCCGAGGUCCAGCUCUGGGACUCGACGACGCAGGCCCGCCGCAGCGUCCUCUCGGUCCUCUUGGCAAAGAGCGCGUUCCAUCUCGGCGAGUCGGCGGCGCACGACGAGUCGGCCGCCUCGUUCUGGCUCCGCGUCGGCGCCGACCACCAGCGCGACGCGCAGAGGCACCUCGGGGCUGCCCUGCAGACGGAGCCGGGGACCUCCCAGUACACCGAGACGCUCAUGGCAAUCUUGGGCGUCGCUGUCAUCUCCGUGCAUCGUCACGGCCCGCGCGUCGUCAAGAGGCUGCUGCUGGAGGCGGAGCGCCUCAUUCGCGCCCGGGGGCUGCCCGCCACCAAGACCUUUGCGCAUCGCGUCCUGCACCACCUGUACACGCAUCUGCGAAUCAUCAUGGAGAGCACCAGCAUCGUGCCCUCGGAAGGGCAACGAGAGAGGCACGCGUCCCGGCUCGCGGGAGCGGCGGCGGGCCAGUUCCGCGUCGACGCGCAGCAACUCGGCAAGCUGGACGCCACGCAUCCGAAGCCCGACGACGUCGGCUACAAUGACAUCCACCUGGACGUGUCGGGCGUAUGGCGGGCCACGCUGUACCCGGACAUCUUUGGCGUGCCCGAGGCGCUCAUGACGCUCCUGUCGCAGACCAUCAGCUUCGUCAACGAGAGGCCCCGCUUGCACGCCGCCAGCCUGCGCGACGCGACCGUGUCUGCGGCCGUGGCCCGGCACGUCAAGACGCUGGAGCGAGAUAUUUGGUCGUGGAACCUACAACGAACGAGCGCGCCCUUUGGGCCCGUGCCGCCGUGUCUGCCGGGAGAGGCCGACGCUCCGCGCAGGCAGCACGUGGAGUCGAUGGUCCUCUCGAUGCACCAGGCCCUCAUCAUCUUCUUCUACCGCCGCGUCCACAACCUCAGCGCCAUGGUCGUGCAGGACCAGGUCAGGAAGGCCCUCGAGCUCGCGCAGCCGUGCCUGGAGAUGCCGUGGGUCGACGCCGACUUUUCCGUCACCAUCGGCUGGUCGACGUUUAUCGCGGCCUCGGAGGCGGCCACCCCCGACCUGCAGGCGAUGGGGCUGCGGUGCCUCGAGGCCGUCGACGACAGCGGCAUGUUUGUCGACGGCAGGAAGCCGAGCGCGGUGGCGCAGGCCGUCUGGGAGCACAGGCGCAGGACGUGCGACUAUGCGUACGGAUGGCCCGACGUGAUGCAGAUGGAGCCAUGA